UUAAAUUUUGAAAACUCCAAAAAAUUUAUUAAAUUAAAAAAUGAAUUCUUCUCCUUCAAAUUCUUCCAAAAAGCCUUUAUUUUCUGAAAAAGUUAAAAAUUCAAAAAAUAUUCCUCCUUCCCCUCCAACACCUUUAAGUCAAUUAACAAUAAAUAACACCACCAACACCACCAACAACAUGCCAGAUUUAAUUUCCCCCCGUCCAACAUCCUCUUCUUCUUCCUCUUCCUCAUUUUUGUCAAUUUCAAGUCGAAAUUCUUCAUUUUCCAAAAAACGACAAAUUUCAAAUUUUUCCUACGAAAAUUCAAAAAAUGACAAUAAAAAAGAAAUUAAUUUUUUAAAAAACAAAAUGCCAACAACAACAAUUAUUAAUGGACAACAACAUCAACAUUAUCAUCAAAAACCUCGUCAACGUUGGCGUAAAAGAAGAAAUGUUUUUACUCAAAAGAAGAGUUUAACUACUACAAGUUCAAUAAAGUCCUCCUCUAAUAUAAGCCCUUCAAUGUUGUCUCUAUCUUCUUCUUCAACUUCUUUAUCUUCCUCGUCCAGUGGUAUUUGUUGUAGUCAUUUAAGUAUUGGUUCACAUACAGCUAUUAAUUCAUCAACUAAUAAUACUUGCUGGUCUUCUUCUGAAACGGAAGUAGAAAAAAAUGAGAAAAAUGGAAAUUGUAAUGGAAAGGUCGGAUAUUAUUUGUCUAAACUUUAA